CUAAGGUUCUCUUUCAUCAUCUACUGCUCGUCGUUGCAAUAAAACCGAGCUCCAGAGUGGGUCUCUAGAGAGAGAGAAAACUGAUACUCUCUAGAGAGAGAAAGAGACGAUACAUAGACUGUAAUGGAGGAUCGAGAGGAGCAGGAAGAGGAGGUCUUGGGGUCGAGCUUGACGAUGGAGAAGGUGGCAGCAGCCAAACAGUUCAUAGAGAACCACUACAGAGCUCAGAUGAAGAACAUUCAAGAACGAAAAGAGAGACGAUGGGUGUUGGAAAGGAAAUUAGCUUCCUCAGAUGUGCCAAAGGAGGUACAAGUCAACCUGAUCAAAGACUUAGAGCGAAAGGAAACAGAAUUCAUGCGACUUAAAAGGCACAAGAUUUGUGUUGAUGAUUUUGAGCCUUUGACCAUCAUUGGUAGGGGAGCCUUUGGUGAGGUUCGAUUGUGUCGAGAGAAAAAAUCUGGCAAUAUCUAUGCCAUGAAAAAGUUGAAGAAAUCUGAAAUGCUUAAGAGAGGACAGGUGGAACAUGUUAGAGCUGAAAGAAACUUGCUGGCAGAAGUUGCCAGCCAUUGCAUAGUUAAACUUUACUACUCCUUUCAGGAUGCUGAGUACUUAUAUUUAAUAAUGGAAUAUCUGCCCGGUGGUGACAUGAUGACUUUGCUGAUGAGGGAAGACACCUUAACUGAAAGUGUGGCUAAAUUUUACAUUGCACAGAGUGUACUGGCCAUUGAAUCUAUCCAGAAACACAACUAUGUACACAGAGACAUUAAACCAGACAACCUUCUUCUGGAUAAAAAUGGUCACAUGAAACUCUCAGAUUUUGGCCUCUGUAAGCCUCUUGAUUGUACAACUUUACCUGCACUGCAUGAAAAUAGAACUUUGGAUGAUGAAAAUUUGACAGAACCAAUGGAUAUCGACGUAUGCGUUCCUGAUGCGGAUAAUAGGAGUAGUUGGAAAAGCCCCCGUGAACAGCUGCAGCAUUGGCAGAUGAACAGGAGGAAGUUGGCAUUUUCAACUGUGGGGACCCCCGACUAUAUUGCACCUGAAGUGCUAUUGAAGAAAGGAUAUGGAAUGGAAUGCGACUGGUGGUCAUUGGGAGCAAUAAUGUAUGAAAUGCUUGUUGGUUACCCUCCAUUUUAUUCAGAUGAUCCAAUAACUACAUGCAGAAAGAUUGUUCAUUGGAGAAACCACUUAAAAUUUCCAGAAGAUGCAAGGUUGACAGCUGAGGCUAAGGAUCUUAUUUGCAAGUUGCUAUGUGAUGUUGAAUAUAGGCUAGGUACUGGUGGCGCACAUCAAAUCAAAUCUCAUCCUUGGUUCAAGAACAUUGUGUGGGACAAACUCUAUGAAAUGGAGGCAGCAUUCAAACCAGAAGUGAAUGGGGAACUUGAUACCCAGAACUUUAUGAAGUUUGACGAGUUGGAGCCUCCAGUGUCAUCAAGAACUGGCUCAGGACCCUCACGAAAGUUGCAAUUGACUCCCAAAGAUCUAAGCUUUGUUGGCUAUACAUACAAGAACUUUGAUGCUGUAAAAGGGCUUCGCCAAGUUUUUGGUGAUUCAAGAGUAGAUUUUACUAGUGAACGGGCAGCCAAGGAAGCAGAGUUACAUAUGCUUGCAUCAUCUGGUGAUCCCAUGUUACCAUAACACCGAAUCCCGGGGGACGAAAAAUGGCAAGCCGACUGCGCAGACAUAUGCUCAUAUGCUUAAUUUGGGUUCGUAAUUUAAAAAGAAGGAAAGAAACUCGGCAUAUCUUCCGAAUUGGCUGCCAUACAGCUUGCCAUAUUACCAUUUUAGUGUACAGCAGCUAUUGAAAAGCUCUAUAAAGGCCCAGAAAAGGGCAAGUGUUGUCAUCCUUGCCUUCUUCAGUAAGGUUUUGUGAGUUAGUAGAAGUUAGAAUGUAGUCUGACUGAGAAUUCUGGAACUGGUGUCCUGGCUGCCCAGGUUGGCAAUGUUAUCAUCCUUGCCUUCUCUAGCGGCAGUUUCCGGCCAAAUCAUAAUUCAACUUAGCCAAUUACCAAGAAACUCGGUAGUAGCCAUUUUAGAGAGAAUUUUCUCUGUUGUGUUGUGUAAUCUUUUAAGGGAUGAACUUGAAUUACACCUCUUAUUCUGUGUCCAAAAUGGAAUAUUACAAAUUA